AUAUAUAGGAAUAAAAUAUUAAUAAUAAUAAAAAUAAUAUUAUUAUUCAAAGAAGAACAAUAAACGCGAUAUAACGAUUGUAAUAAAAACGGACUUAAAUCGGGAGUGCGUGCUAAAUAACGCGGCGCCGGGUGAAUAAAGUCGUGCGCGCGCGCGCGCGCGUGUGUUCUCUCUCGAAAAGGAAAGAGAGAGCACCGCCUCCUGGAAAUCUGGUGGUAUACAACGACGACGACGAGAACGAGGAGGAGGAGGAGGACGACGACGACUACAACUGCGAGAGUACGUUGAGAGUAAAACGAUAACGGUAACACGAAAUAGGAGGCAAACGUUUUGUGGUGGCGUUGAGCAUCCUCGGCCACCCUCCAACACAUUUCUAUCUAUCUCUUUCUCUUUCUUUCUUUCUUUCUUUCUUUCUUUUUCUCUCUCUCUCUCUCCUUUCAAAGGAUAUCGAUCAAAUAAGUUUAGCUUGCGAGAGCUAAAAGAAGAAUAAGAAAAGUGGAGGAGGUGUUAAACUACGUGGGAUAACAGCAAACACGAAGAAGAUAAGAAAAGAUUGUUGUGCCGGGAAGUGGUGAAAGGUUCGGUCGUGUGACACACUUAUACUCAAAAAUAAGAAGAGUAUAAGAGGAGGAGGAGGAGUAGGAGGGUGAGGGGGGUCUAAACCUCUCAUAGCAAUAUCAUUUCACUGCUAGUUGUAACAAACUUUAAUAAAGAGUUUAACCCUAAUAAGAACAAGGAGAACUAUUAUAGAAAAAACAAAUAAAGGAACAGUACAAAUAAGGGUGAGAAAAGAGGAGGAGGAGGUGGUGGAGGGGGUGGAAGUGGACAGACGACGCGUUCAACGACGCGAUCGUCGAGUGUGUCCAUUCGCGGGGUAGCGGCUGGAUCCGAGGGGAAGAUUUAUGGUGGUGGUUGGUGGUGGUGUUACUGCUGCUGCUGCUGCUGUUUUUGCUUCUGCUUGCUACUGGCGCUGCUUGAAUAAGAGGAGGUGAAGGAGGAGGAGGAGGAGGAGGAGGUGGAGGAGGAAAGGGUGAAGAAGAAGAAGAAAAUAGUAGUAGUAAUAGUAGUCUAUGCACGCGGCAGGAUUCAACGAGGAGGAGAAGAAGAAGAAGAAUAAAGAAAAAGGUGGAGGACGACUCGUAAAAAGGGCGUUUGAAAGAACGAACGUUUGCUGUUGCUGUUUCUACUGUUAUUCCUGUGUUACGGGGAUAAUUGAUUGUGAAAAGUAAAGAAAAGAUAAGUAAGAGUGGCGAGAACGAUUAUAAAAAAGGGUGGUGAUACUACCAGGAGAGGAAGGUGGAGAAGAAGAAGAAGAAGGAGGAGGUAGUGGAUAAUCUUGGGUAUCACCGAGAAGACGAGGACGUGGAGGAGGAGAAGAAGAAGAAGAAAGAGAAGAGAAGGGAAGGGAAGGGAAGGGAAGCACCAGGUGGUGAUCAUCAGUUAGGUCGGGGGUGAGGAGGAGGAGGAGGAGGGUGGUGAGGUGGCGAAGCUCGUGGUGUUAGAGCUGGUGAUAGAGAAAAGGACGGUGGCGGUGACGAGAAGGAGGAGGAGAAGAAGGAGGACGGCUGAGGAGAAGGGGUACGAGAGAGGAGGAGGAGGAGGAAGAAAAGGGCGAAGGGUGCGGUAGUGGAGGGUGCGUGGGUGCUCCUUGUUGCGUCGCGGGUGUUGUAGUCUUUCGACCAGCACCACCCCCAUCAUUGGUAUCACCAGCACCAGUACCACCACCACCACCACCAGAACCGGGACCAUUGCCUGGCCGCUUUCUGCGGACCCGGCACUCUCUUAGCUAAGGGUGCUCCAAGAGCGCGGGGGUGGCGUUUGUGAAAGCAACGUGUAGCAAAAUGGGCUGCGCAAUGUCCGCUGAAGAGCGGGCCGCUCUGGCCCGCAGCAAGCAAAUUGAGAAAAAUCUCAAGGAGGAUGGUCUUCAAGCUGCCAAGGACAUCAAGCUCCUCUUACUCGGAGCUGGUGAAUCCGGCAAGAGUACCAUCGUGAAACAGAUGAAAAUCAUUCACGAAAGCGGUUUUACGCCGGAGGACUUCAAACAGUACAGACCCGUCGUUUAUAGCAACACGAUACAAUCACUCGUUGCUAUUCUCAGAGCGAUGCCAACACUCGGAUUAAAUUUCUCUACCAACGAGAGAGAGACUGACGCCAAAAUGGUGUUCGAUGUAAUCCAACGAAUGGAAGACACCGAACCAUUUAGUGAAGAACUUUUAAUGGCCAUGAAAAGGCUCUGGACUGAUAAUGGUGUCCAAGGAUGUUUUGGAAGGAGCAAUGAGUAUCAACUUAACGAUUCCGCCAAAUACUUCCUGGACGACUUGGAUCGAUUAGGUGCAAGGGAAUACCAACCAACGGAGCAAGAUAUUUUGAGGACUCGUGUAAAAACCACUGGUAUCGUCGAGGUCCAUUUCUCAUUUAAAAACCUUAAUUUUAAAUUAUUCGACGUGGGUGGACAAAGAAGCGAACGUAAAAAAUGGAUACAUUGUUUCGAGGAUGUUACUGCGAUUAUAUUCUGCGUUGCUAUGUCCGAAUAUGAUCAAGUCUUGCACGAGGACGAGACUACGAACCGAAUGCAAGAGAGUUUAAAAUUAUUCGAUUCGAUUUGCAACAACAAGUGGUUCACCGAUACCUCGAUCAUACUUUUCUUAAACAAGAAGGAUCUGUUCGAGGAAAAAAUUCGCAAGUCUCCAUUGACGAUUUGCUUCCCAGAGUACGCAGGUGCGCAGGAAUACAGUGACGCUGCAGCUUACAUUCAGGCCCAAUUCGAGGCGAAAAACAAAUCGACGACGAAGGAGAUUUACUGCCACAUGACCUGUGCCACCGACACGAAUAACAUUCAAUUUGUGUUCGAUGCAGUCACAGAUGUGAUUAUCGCCAAUAAUCUGCGUGGCUGCGGACUCUAUUAGGUUAAUCCGUAUUCUAUAUUAAGCGCGAACAAAAUUGGUAUGACUAUGACUAUGACUAUGACUACGACGACGAUAACGAAAACGAAAACGACGAGGACGAUGACUGUGGCAAAAGCAAUGACGUUAAUGACAAUGACGAUGACUACAACAAUGAUAAUAAUGAUACUGAUGCUGAUAAUUAUGAUGAUGAUGAUGAUGAUGAUGAUGAUGAUGAUGAUGAUGAUGAUGAUGAUGAUGAUGAUGAUGAUGAUGAUGAUGAUGUUAUUGAACAGGCGACGUUUGUCAGAGUCGAGAAUUCGUUUUGGUUCGAUCACGAUUCCCCCCAGUUGGAUUUGUGUGUUUAAAAUUAAUCGAGAAUGAUGAUUAAAUAUAUUACGAUCAUACAUUUCAGAAAAAGGAAAACAAAAUAAAACUGAUAGCACAAAUUCGUGGAACGAAUGGGUCGGUAGAGAGACCUUUUCCUCUGUCUCGUGUAUUUUUUAGAAUAUAUAUAUAUAUAUAUUUUUGUUUUUUUAUUUUCUAUUUUUCAUUUUUUGUUUUUUAAGUUUAUUUUAUUACGUUAUUUUGUAUACUGUCCUCACGAAUGCGUGUGUCAUAUUGUAUUUUCAUUCUUUUAUCGAUGAUAAAGAACGUUACUUCGAAGAGGGAAAAUGAAAAAGAAAAAGAAAAAGAAAAAUUCACGCAUAAAUGCUUCGAAAUCGUCGACAUACAUUUAUCCUCUCUACAAUCUUGAUACUUAACAUAUUACACGUAUUACAAAUAUAAACGCACACAUGAAAAUAUUCGAACGUGAUUCAGUAUAAUAAAAUGAGAUGUCUAUGAAACAUGAUCGAAAGCAAUGUCGACGUGCUUUCGAUGCUUUUCCUCGUUAUUUGUUGUUUUUCUUUUUUAUUUUUUUUUUUUUUUUUUUUUUUUUUUUUUCAUUUAUAUCGUAAUGCACACAUUUUAUAUGCACACAUCCGUAUAUAUUAUAUUACUUGUACGUAUUUAUCCUAUCGUAAAUACAACGUUCACGCGCACAUACGAGCAUACGCACACGCGUUAUACACAUAUGCAGAUAAAUAUUACAUAUAAAAUCAGUCGGAGAGAGAGAGAGAGAGAGUGAGAGAUAGGAAAGAGUAAAAUGAUGCACAUAAACAACGCGUAUGUAUACGUCAUACCACGUAUUCUUAUAACUGCAUCUACUUCUUUUUUUUUUUUUUAUUAUUAUUAUUAUUAUUCCUACAUUUUAUUACAAACUCGUCGACACAGUGUAAUCGUUUAGUUGAAGAUAAAACUAAAAGAACAAUUUAUUACAGAAUCAUGCAAAUUUUUCAUAAACGGGAUUCAGAUUACAAUUAAAAGUAAAUUUUGAGAUAAAACGGAGAGGAAGUUUUGAAAAAAAAAGAAAAAUGAAAAUUAAGAAAGAAGAGAAUAAUAUAUUACAAAUAUGUACAUUUUUUCGUCGCGCACAAUCCUAAUAUCUAAUUCACCUAUCUCGAGUAUAUAUAUUAUACAUCUAUAUAUAUAUUUAUAUAUAAGUUAUAUAUAUUUUAUUACCGUAUUAAAAGUUGGAGGCAGAAGGGGUGGGAGGGUGGAACGAAAUGGAAUCAGAAAAGUUUUGACCAAAGUAAAAAGGAUUUCGUUCGAAACGAAACAAGAGAAAAAAGAUUUAAAAAAAGAAAAAAAAGAAAAAGAUAUAUUAUAAACACGGCAUCGUUUGUUCGUCGUUUGAAAAAAAAAUUCAUUUCAAGAAAAUAUGAAUGGAAAGAAAGAAGGGAAGAAAGGACUAUAUCUCGUCAUAAUUUUCUUCGAUGAUUCUCGGUCUCUCAGGACGUCGCACUGUCGCAGGAUCGGCAGGACAAAAAAUAAAAAAAAAAGAGUGAGAGAGAAAGAAAAAAA